ACCAUAACCCAAAAGCAACUAAGGAGGAAGUCGGCAAAGCAUACGAAGCAUAUAAUGACUUCUAUGUCAAAUUCCAUCAAGACCACCCCAACGCGACCACGGAUUGCUACGAGGAAUUUCUCGAAACUCUCGGUAAGCAAG